AUGUCAAAAACCUCAACACCCUCCCAGCCAGGGAAAAACGAUGACUCGACAGAAGCACCAUCAAUCCAGACUCUGAAAUUGCAGUCGCAGUCACAGUCACAGUCUCAAUCCCAAGUAACCCCCCCUCUCCCCCAGAUAAGACGCAAAGUCGACCUCCACCUCCUCCUGUGGUACUCAUUCGUCUACCUCGUCAUGAGGGUCGACGUAUCCAACAUCUCCAACACGGCCAUCAUCAAUGUCGAGCAGGGGGAUGGGAUUAAGAAGCAAUUGGGGAAUUUGAGCAGUGAGCAGUGGGCGUGGGCAUUGAGUAUCUUUUACUACCCAUAUCUAUUCUUUGAGCCCGUCUCGACAGUCCUCUUAAAACGCUUCUCGCCUAGAGUCUGGAUGUCUAGGAUUAUGAUUACUUGGGGCAUCAUCUCCAUGUGCCAAGGAGCCACGCAGAACUACGCCGGAAUCCUGGCUACCAGGUUCCUUCUAGGGCUGGCUGAAGCGGGUUAUUAUCCGGGUGUUUUGUACCAUCUUAGUUUCUGGUAUCCCACAGAGAAGAUGCCGUUGAGACUGGCAUUCUUCUACGCCUCUGGAGUCUUUUCUGGGACGAUUAGUGGAUUGCUAGCGUACGCCAUAUCCUUCAUGAAUAAUGCCGGAGGCCUGGCGGGAUGGCGCUGGGUCUUCAUCCUCGAAGGAAUCCCCGCCUUGCUGUGCGGGAUAGCCACGCUUUUCUUCCUGCCCAAUUACCCCCAGACUUCAUCCUUCUUAUCCUCCGAAGAGAAAGCAUUCCUCCUGUCCGAUCUCUCCGCUGGUGCGCCAAGAAUGGACGAAAAGACAUUCAGCACGGCCCAGGUCAAGACCCUGCUGAAAGACCCGACGCUCAUCUCGUUCACCCUGUUGUGGGUUACGCAUGGAAUUGGCGGAUGGGGUAUUUCUUUCGUCUUGCCGACGGUUAUUUAUGAGUUGGGUAUCAGUGGUGCGGGGACUGCUAUCUCGCAGUUGAUGUCGAUGCCGCCUUCUUCCCUUUCGUUCGUUGUAUUGGUUAUUCUGGGCUACUUUAUCCACCAAGGGAAAGUAAAUGUCUGGAUAGCUGCUACAGCAUUGGAACUCACCUCCAUAAUAAGCUAUAUCAUUCUGAUAAUCGUCAAGCCCCCCGUGGUGAAAUACAUCUUCGUCAUGAUUGCCUCGGCAGCAGGUGCAUGCGUGUACCCGGUUAUCUGGCCUGAACGGAUCAGAGCAGCCAAAGGGACAACCACGGCCGCAUUGGCAAUCGGCGUUACCAACGUAUGCAUUCUACUCUCCAUGUCUAUGCUUUCAGCCGGGAUUAACAAAACAAAGGCAGCUGCACAGUUCCAGGGUAUCCUGGGACCACAGGUGUAUCAGACGAAAUUCGGCCCUUCGUAUCGUGUCAGUUAUGCGGCUUCAGUUGGGCUUUUGGCGGGAAGCGUGGCGUGCAUUGGAGCGAGUUGGUGGUUGAUACGGAGGGGAGAUCGUAGAUUUUGA